AUGGCUUCCUCGAACUCAUCACCGGCUCUAUGCCGUCAGGUUGACAACACAAUGGGCGUCUGGGCUGGUUCAUGUCGUGGAGGAUUUGACUUUACAUUAUUAUUCGAAGAGACUAUUCUCCAGAUCCUCCCCAUCGCCCUGAUCUUAAUCUUGGUCCCAUUACGCAUAUACCAACUAUCACAAGAAAGACGCAAAGUCGUUGAUUCACCGUUGCUGUUCGUGAAGCUAGCCGCUUGGGUAUCUUUCCUUGGACUUCAAGUCACUCAAACUGCUCUCUGGGCUUUCCCCUCUGCCGAUUCAACAAAAGCUUCACUGGGCACAAAUGUACUUUUGACCAUUGGCGUUCUGGCACUGAUGACACUCGCUUAUUCGGAACACACACGAUCUGUCCGGCCAUCCUUGAUCCUAAACGCAUACCUCUUCUGCAGUCUGCUUUUUGAUAUUGCCCACACUCGAACUCUGUGGCUCCGGUCUGCAGACUCAUUCAAUGACACCAUUGCAACUGUCACUUCCGUUGCAGUUGCCGCCAAAUUGCUCCUUGUUAUCUUAGAGGCUGUUGAGAAACGAAGCAUCCUGAAGCCCGAAUACCAAGGUUAUCCUCCCGAGGCCACAGCUGGAUUCCACAGCCGAGCUGCUUUUUACUGGUUGAACCCGUUGUUCAAGGUCGGCUUUUCUCGAAACAUCACUGUUGAGGACCUCUUCGUUUUGGACAAGGAGUUGAGCUCAGAGCGAUUACUAGCAAUUUUCGAGGCGCAAUGGAGCAAAGUGAAAACGAAGACCCCCAACUCUUUGCAGUGGGAGUGCUUCAAAGCCGCAAAAUGGCCCCUUCUUACAGCUGUUCCUGCAAGAGCUUGUGUGGUGGCUUUCAAUUUCUGUCAGCCCUUGCUGUUGACGAGGUCUUUGUCUUACUUUAAUGAGCCGGUCAACAGCGAUACAAACAACACAGGCUACGGAAUGAUUGGAGCCUAUGCUUUGGUCUACAUUGGUUUGGGUGUUGCAAUGGGUCAGUACCAGCACAACACUUACCGCGGCAUUACCAUGGCUCGUGGAAUUUUGGUCACAAUGCUCUACAAGAAAGCCAGCACCACCACUCUGAGCAAUGCCGAUCCUGCCAACUCACUCACCCUUAUGAGCGCCGAUGUUGAGAGAAUCACAAACGGAUGGCAGACUAUGCAUGAGAUCUGGGCAAACUCAGUGGAGAUUGGACUUGCAAUCUACCUCCUGAAACGACAACUUGGAAUCUCUUGUGUCGUACCUGUCUGUGUGGCUCUCCUUGCUCUUUUCGGUUCUCUCGUUGGCAUGUCUUUUGUGGUAGCCCAUCAGGCAAAGUGGCUGGAAGCUAUCGAGAAGAGAAUCUCCUCCACCUCUGGCAUGUUGGGUUCAAUCAAAGGUGUCAAGAUGCUGGGCCUGCAAAACUCCUUCAUGAAAUUUGUCCAUGGCCUGCGGGUUGAUGAGUUAUCCAUCUCCAAGAAAUUCCGCACUCUUCUGGUCUGGAACAUGGGAUUUGCCUGGCUCACUCGUAUUUUCGCUCCUAUCUUCACCUUCGGAGUCUACGAAGGCAUUUCGAACAACUCCCUCACUGUUUCUCGGGUGUACACCUCCCUAGCCCUCUUUUCACUUCUUUCGGACCCGCUCCUAACCCUCGUUAUGGCACUCAUGUCUUACGCUGGAUCUGUUGGAUCUUUCGUGCGCAUCCAGGAGUUCCUUGAGAAGGAAGACCACAACGAUCACCGCCGCCCUUCUCCUUUGCUUCCUUCAUUCCAGGACCUCGGUGAGGCGAAGCUUCUUUCCAAGUCGGGUGAUUUGGACAUUGCAUCCAGCAGCUCGGAAUCUGUAGAGUCUUUCAAGCGUGGAUCCACCUCUUCCUCGACCAACUCUGCAAUGAUCCAACAAGGCACAUUCAGCUGGGGACCUGAUGAGGAACCCGUCUUGAAGGACAUCAGCUUCACGGUCCCUCGCGGAAGCUUCACUAUGAUUAUCGGACCCUCUGGUUGUGGCAAGUCCUCUCUGCUGAAGGCUCUUCUGGGUGAGAUUCCUUGCGCAGAAGGCAAGAUUGAGGUAUCUUCUUCGAGUGUGGCGUUCUGUGAUCAGACACCUUGGCACAUGAACGGCACCAUCAAGGACAGUAUCGUCGCAAUGUCGGACUAUGAUCCUACAUGGUAUACAACUGUUCUCCGGGCUUGUGCUCUCGAGGAGGAUCUUUCCCACUUCCCUCGCGGUGAUCGCAGUAUUAUUGGCAGCAAAGGUGUCGCCCUCAGCGGAGGUCAAAGUCAACGCAUUGCCCUCGCCCGUGCUGUCUACGCCCGUCGCAAGAUUAUCAUUUUGGAUGACGCUUUGAGUGGCCUUGAUGCCACAACCGAGAACCACAUUUUCCACAGCUUGUUCGGGCAAUUGGGACUUCUGAGAGAAAACGGAACCUCGAUGAUUGUUGCUUCGUCAUCUGUCAAGCGUCUCCCUUAUACUGAUCACAUUGUGGUUUUGGACACCGACGGCGGCAUCAUGGAGCAAGGAACAUUCAGCGCUCUUUGCAAGACUGGUGGGUAUGUAUCCAGCUUCGCUCUCAUCGCCCCCGACUGGGACUAUAAGCCAAAGCGAUUCUCUGAGUCGCUCAGCUACAGUACCAUUGACUCGAUCGAGAAGGAGAAGGAAGUUAUUCCUGAAGAGCCUGUCAAGCGUGACAACGGUGGUGACCUUGGAAUCUAUACUUACUACCUUAACGCCAUCGGGUACCUUCCUGCCUUGGUGUUUGUUGUCGCAAUGGCUGGCUUUGUCUUCUGCAUUUCCUUCCCCAGCAUCUGGGUGCAAUGGUGGGCUGAGUCCGACACAGCUCAUCCCAGAGCUCAGCUGGCUUACUACCUUGGUAUCUACGUGAUGCUUGGAUGUUUGGCCAUGAUCUGUCUUCUUCUUGGCUCAUGGCAAAUGAUCAUUACCAUGGUCCCCAAAUCUGGCGAGUUCUUCCACCGCAAGCUCUUGACUACUGUUCUCAGUGCUCCCAUGCUGUUUUUCUCCACCACAGACAGCGGCUCUAUCCUCAACAGAUUCAGCCAGGAUUUGCAACUCAUUGAUAUGGAUCUGCCAAUCGCUGCAAUUAACACUAUUGCUACCUUGUUCCUCUGUAUGGCUCAGAUGGCUCUUAUUGGGGCUGGAUCAAAGUACGCUGCCAUCUGCUUCCCAUUCGUGCUUGGCAUGUUGUUCCUCAUCCAGAAGCUUUACUUGCGCACUUCCCGUCAACUCCGUUUCUUGGAUCUUGAGACCAAGGCUCCUCUGUUCUCUCACUUUACAGAUUGUCUUCAGGGUCUUGUGACUUUGAGAGCCUUUGGCUGGCAACAUGGCAUGGAGAAGAAGAACAUUGAGCUCCUCGAUAUCUCGCAACGCCCUUUCUACUACAUGUUUGCUAUUCAGCGCUGGCUUACUCUUUCCCUCGACUUUGUUGUCGCGGGUAUUGCCAUUCUGCUGAUUGUUCUCGUCGUGGUCCUUCGUGGAACAUCUCUCAACGCUGGAUCUGUUGGUGUUGCCCUCCUUAACGUCAUCCAGUUCAGUCAGACUAUCAAGCUUGCUGUCACCUUCUGGACAAACUUGGAGACCCACAUUGGCUCCAUUCAGCGUAUCAAGGACUUCACCAAGACUGUUGAGACCGAGGAUCGCCCUGGAGAAGAUAAGGAGAUCCCUCCCAGCUGGCCUUCAAAGGGCGCAAUCAGCUUCCACUCAGUUUCUGCGGCCUACAGACCUUCGGAGCCGGUUCUCAACGAUGUGUCUCUUACCAUUCAAGGAGGUGAGAAGAUUGGUAUCUGCGGACGAACAGGAAGCGGUAAAACUUCAAUGAUUAUGAGCAUCUUCCGCAUGAUCGAGAUGACCAGUGGUCUCAUCACAGUCGACGGCGAAGACAUCUCCCGCCUACCAAGACGGGAAAUCCGUGCCCGAAUCAAUGGAGUCUCACAGGACUCUCUUCUCUUCAAGGGUAGUGUCCGAUUGAACGCCGAUCCAACAGGUGCAUCCUCCGACAAAGACAUCACUUCCGCCCUCAAGACCGUCCAGCUCCUCUCCGCCAUCCAAGAAAAGGGUGACCUGGACACCGAUAUCGAUGAGAUCCACCUGUCACAUGGCCAAAAGCAGCUCUUCUGUCUUGCGCGGGCAAUUCUCCGCCCGGGCAACAUCCUCAUCCUUGACGAGGCAACCAGCAACAUCGAUACCAAAACAGAUGAGAUUAUGCAACGCGUCAUCCGUGAGAAAUUCUGUAAUCACACCAUCAUCUCCGUGGCUCAUAAGCUAGACACUAUUCUCGAUUAUGACCGCAUCGUGGUGCUGGACGCUGGUCGGAUCGUCGAGACCGGCGAGCCUUUCGCCUUGCUGAGUGAGCCCAAGUCUCACUUCAGCAGGCUAUAUGCCAGCGCUGUGGAGUCAGAGGAUUCCGAUUAA